GAGUUUGUUGGCACGCGUCACCAAGCCUGGUUGCGCAUGGUUGAAGCGAGCGCCCUUCGCCAGCGCCACACGAGCGCGCCGCCCGCCGCCACGGAAGCGCCCACCUCGAGCGUGCUCGAGCUCCAUGACGAGACCAUCCGGCGCGACGUCAUCUCGCUCCUCGCGAUAUUUGCCGUCUCGCUUGUCUCGGUGGUCACUGCCAUCUACUACCUCGUUGUCGACGACCUGGCGCCGGAAGAGCGCGCAGCUGUCCGGUUCCCAACAUCGCUCUCGGUGGCGCAAGAGCUUGGCCAUGCGCUCAUGACGUAUGCGGACCAUUCGCCGGGGCGGCUGCUCAUGGCGCACGCGCUCAUGUACUUGUUCUUGCAGACGUGGGCCAUUCCCGGCACUGUCUUCAUCAACCUCCUUGGCGGCGCGCUCUUUGGUCUCCUGCUUGGCUUCCCGCUCUGUCUCUUCUACAACACGCUCGGGUCGUGCUUCAUGUAUGGUCUCUCGCGACAAUUUGGCGGUGCGCUCGUGCGGCGCCACUUCCCCGCCAAGCUCGAGCAGCUUCACACGAUGAUCGACGGCCACCGCAGCGACCUCACGCUCUACAUGAUCUUCCUUCGCGUCUUCCCAUUCACGCCCAACUGGUUCAUCAACAUGUCGUCGCCGCACUUGUCGAUUCCGCUGCGGCAGUUUGCGCCGUCCGUCUGCGUCGGGCUCAUCCCGUACAACUUUCUCAGCUGCAAGGCCGGCUUGAUUUUGAGCCACCUCCAGUCUAAAGGAGACAUUAUCGACACGGCGACCACGAUCCAGCUGAUUGUCGUCGCUGUCGGCGGCUUUGUGCUCUUGCCGCGCCUCAAAAAGCGCUUUGCGAAUUGAGUUUCAGAUGCGAGAGCGCCGUCAAAGACUUUA